AGCCUGGUCUACAGAUGAGUUUCAGGACAGCCAGGGCUACACAGAGAAACCCCUUUCUCGAAAAACAAAAAGUCCUAAGGGAAGGGAGACCCCCAUUGAGAACAUUUCUCUCAGAGGAAAAGUUAGCUUAGGAAGACUUUGAGAGCCUUCCCUGUGGUCAUCUACAGCCUCAUUCUGACGUCCAAAUUGUCCUGGGACCCUCCACUGGGGUUGGGGCAGUCCCAGCUUCAGACCACCCUCUCCUCCCACGUCCAAUCUCACUCUCUCAGCUGCUUCCCUGGAGGUUGCAUCAUGGCGGGUGAUGAAAUCAGCCAUCAGUGGAUUUUACCCAUGGAUGCAAUAGGGCUGGAGGAGCGGCAAGGGUCAUCGCCACUGUCAACCACCCAGAACUUCUAGCUGCACGUUUCCAGAUAUGGGGCAGGAGCAGGGGAGGGGGCUGAAAUGUUUAAGUUGGAUUUCCAGUCCGUGGUUAUACUGGCUCCCUGAAAAAUCAUUACCUAAACCCCACAGAACCCAAAACAACCUUAGGCUCAGUGGAAUGAAAGAUCAAGCGGUUCUUACCCAGCAUCAUCACCCCCGAAGUGCCCUUUCCACAGUGAGGAAAGCAGCCAUUUCUUUCCUUGCCCUUAUACAGCAUCUCAGAUCACAAAGCAUCUUCACGGUUACUGUCGCCUCCAAAACCAGGACCACCCAGUGGAAAGACACCAUUUCCCACGGAGGGAAAGAAAAGCCUCGUUCUUACACAGAAGGUGUCACACGGGAACCAAAUUUCAUUUCAAACUGAGCUCGCCAUGGGAUUUGGAGAUGAAUGAACGCUGUUUUGGUUUUUUUCCUCAGGCAAGAGGAAGUGAGAAAAUCAGAGUGGGAUGAGCCAUCUCUGUUCCUGGAGAGCGUGACACAUGUGUCCCAUCCUAGGCCUCUAGCCACAGCAGCCUCGCCACUCAUUUCCCCGGGAACCGAGGAGGCAUACCUGGGCUCUCCACGGAGGGAGAUGAUGCAGGGAGGGGAAUCCCACCUGCUCUGAGUCACCUGCCAGUGCGAAGGGCGGGUCUUCCAGUGCGGGGACCUUAAAAAGAGACUGUGAGACAGAGGGAAGAAAACAGGAAGCAGCUCAGAAACCGGACUACAAGAGUCAGAACAAGAGGAGGCCGGUGCAGAGUUCACAAGGCCUGGUGCAGGUCACAGAGCCGGCCGGAUCUGAGAAGCGGGCAACAAGAUGCUGGAUUGCAGAGCUGUACUGCUGCUGUGGCUGCUGCCCUGGACGGCUCAGGGCCUGGCUGUGCCUAGGAGCAGCAGCCCUGACUGGGCGCAAUGCCAACAGCUGUCUCGGAAUCUCUGCACACUGGCCUGGAGUGCACACCCACCAGUGGGACACACGGAUACACUAAGAGAAGAAGACGAAGAGCCUAGAAAUGAUGUCCCCCGUAUCCAGUGUGGGGAUGGUUGUGAUCCCCAAGGACUCAAGGACAACAGCCAGUUCUGCCUGCAAAGAAUCCACCAAGGUCUGGUUUUUUAUAAGCAGCUGCUGGACUCAGACAUCUUCACAGGGGAGCCUUCUCUGCUCCCCGAUGACCCCGUGGGCCAGCUUCAUACCUCCCUACUGGGCCUCAGCCAACUCCUCCAGCCAAAGGAUCGCCACUGGGAGAGCGAACAGAUGCCUAGCCUGAGGCCCAGCCAGCAGUGGCAGCGCCCCCUUCUCCGCUCCAAGAUCCUCCGAAGCCUUCAGGCCUUUGUGGCGAUAGCUGCCCGGGUCUUUGCCCACGGAGCAGCCACCCUGACUGAGCCCUUAAUGCCAUCAGCUUAAGUAUGGCGCCCAGGUUCCCAAGGCUCAGCAAUGAUAAGAUUAAUUUAUCAACCCAGGCAUCUAGAAGCCGACGAGCUAACUGGUCCAUUAGUGAGUACUGUGUGUUGUUGUUUUGUUUGAGGGGCAAGCACAAUUUUACUAAAGAGAAAAACAAAGAACAGCCCCGAGUAGGUAGCUCUCUAGAGGAAGGAGAUGGAGACAAAGGAUCAAGUCAUGCCCUUUGCCGCGGAAGCUGGCAGGCGGCCGCGUGGUGGAAGGGGUGGGGGUGGAGGUGCACAUCAGAGAAACUGAGGAAAGCCCAGGCUUUGGCCAGUGUCUGCAUGAGAAAGAAGAAAAAGGGCAAGUUAUACCUUUCUGAGUGCCGGGGGGAAAUGUGCAGCUCACGGUGGAAUGGAAGCCCCGGUCUGCUUAGUCCCUGAGAUCUAACAAACGACCAGUGUGGACCGACUUGUGACGCUAACCUGUGACAAACUUGCAUAUUUAUUAAUUGGGAGGGGAGAGUUUGGUAUUAUUUAUCCUUGUAACAGCAGUUUAGAGGAUUGUUAUUUAUUAUAUUUAUAAGGAAUUAUGUAUUUUUUCCAAUAAAGAUUUAUUUAUGUG